AUGUCGCGGAAUCUUAUAGAUCAGGACUUCGGCUCCGAAGAGGAGGAUGACGAUUUCAACCCCGCUCCUGCGGAUGACUCAGAUAACGAGGAUCAGAAGGCGACGCACCGCCGUCGGGAUGACGACGAUGACGAUGACGACGAUGACGCUGAUGUACACACUGGCCGGACGGAACGGUAUCGCGCGGGCAGUGAAGAUGACGCAAGAGGGCGAGGUCAUGCGGAUGACGAUGAGGGGGACGACAACGAAGACGACGAGGAAGGCGAAGAGGAUGAAGAAGGCGAUGAAGAUGACGAGCAGGACGAGGAGGAUGAAGACGAGGACGAUGAUGUGAAUCCCAGACGGCCCGCGAAGCGCAGACGGAGAGGAGGUGUUCUCUCUUUCGUCGAUACAGAGGCCGGUGUCGACGAGGACGAGGAUGAGGCUGAAGACGAGGAGGAUGAAAUGGAGUUCGGCGGGGAAAUGCAUCCAGAUGAUAUGGACACACUGCCCGUCGGCGUGGAGACGGAUGACCGCCGACACAGACAGCUGGAUCGCCAGCGCGAAUUGGCGGCCAGUAUGGAUGCGGAGAAGCAGGCUCAGAUGCUCAAGGAGCGCUAUGGAAGGAACCGCGCGGCAGCCGCAGACGCCGUCGUCGUCCCCAAGCGGCUGCUGCUCCCCAGUGUUGACGAUCCCAGUAUUUGGGGUGUUCGUUGCAAGGCUGGCAAGGAGCGUGAGGUGGUGUUCUCGAUUCAGAAGCGCAUUGAAGAGCGCCCACCUGGCUCUCGCAACCCGGUCAAGAUCAUGUCCGCCUUCGAGCGCGGUGGAGCGAUGGCUGGUUACAUCUACGUCGAGGCGCGCCGACAGGCUGAUGUCAUGGACGCUCUGCAGGAUAUGACAAACGUCUAUCCCCGAACGAAGAUGAUCUUGGUCCCUGUACGGGAGAUGCCGGAUCUCUUGCGCGUGCAAAAGUCGGAAGAGCUUAUGCCUGGUGGCUGGGUUCGGAUCAAACGGGGAAAAUACCAGGGCGAUCUGGCGCAGAUCGAGGAGGUUGAAACUAAUGGUCUUGCAGUGACAGUACGCUUGGUUCCUCGUUUGGAUUACGGCCUGAACGAGGAUAUUGGUGCUCCUGCUAUUGAUCCUAAGCGAAAGCGUCCUGGCAUGAACCCAGCAGUGGCCCGCCCCCCUCAGCGUGCUUUCAGCGAAGCAGAAGCCAAGAAGAAGCAUGCCAAGUACCUUUCUGCGACGUCUGGUCUGGGUGGUAAGUCAUGGAGUUAUUUGGGCGAAACUUAUGUGGAAGGUUUCUUGGUCAAGGACAUGAAAGUUCAGCACCUCAUCACAAAGAAUGUGAACCCUCGACUAGAAGAGGUGACCAUGUUCGCUCGGGGCUCGGAAGACGGUACCUCAAACCUGGAUUUGGCUUCUUUGGCCGAAACUCUGAAAAACCAAAAUGCCGAAGAGUCGUAUCUCCCUGGCGAUCCUGUCGAGGUGUUCCGGGGUGAACAGCAAGGAUUGAAAGGACGUACAACCUCCACGCGUGGUGACAUUGUGACGCUGUUGGUUACGGAGGGAGAAUUGGCAGGGCAGAGUAUUGAAGCACCUGUCAAGUCCCUUCGCAAGCGAUUCAGAGAAGGUGAUCACGUCAAGGUUAUCGGAGGUAGCAGAUAUGUGGACGAGCUGGGUAUGGUCGUACAAGUCAAGGACGACACGGUGACCCUGCUUAGCGAUAUGAGCAUGCAAGAGAUCACAGUUUUCAGCAAGGAUCUGCGGUUGUCUGCCGAAACUGGCGUGGACGGUAAACUCGGCAUGUUCGACGUACACGACUUGGUCCAACUAGACGCUGCCACUGUCGCUUGUAUCGUUAAGGUUGACCGCGAGUCACUGCGAGUUCUAGACCAGAACGGUUCCAUCCGUACAAUUUUGCCCACACAUGUUACGAACAAGAUCACGCCGCGCCGCGAUGCUGUGGCUACAGAUCGUAACGGUGCCGAGAUUCGCCUUGGAGACACUGUGCGGGAAAUGUCUGGCGAGCAACGCAGUGGUGUCAUCCUCCACAUUUAUCGUUCGUUCCUGUUCCUGCACAACAAAGCGCAAGCCGAGAAUUCUGGUAUUGUGGUUGUGCGCACGACAAAUGUUGUGACUGUGUCGGCUAAGGGAGGGCGUGCUACCGGGCCCGAUCUCUCGAAGAUGAACCCGGCACUGAUGAGGAACGGAGCCCCUGGUGGUAUGAUGGGCCCGCCCCAGCGAAGCUUUGGGCGUGACAGACUGAUCGGCAAGACCGUUCAGGUUCGAAAGGGCCCAUACAAGGGAUUGGUGGGUAUCGUGAAGGACUCGUCGGACAUGCAGGCUCGCGUCGAACUGCAUUCCAAGAACAAGCUUGUCACGAUCGACAAGGACAUCCUGGUUGUUAAAGACCCGAUUACUGGUCAGACAAUCGAUAUGUCCCGUGGUGGACGGGGUGGUGGACGCAUUCCCAAUGGCGGCUCCGCUGCUCCUCAAUCAGCAUGGCAGGGUGGGCGCACGCCGAUGGGUAUGGCCGACUCGUCCAGGACGCCGGCUUGGGGCGGUGCUGCAUCCGCACGAACUCCUGCAUGGGGUGGCGUAAGCAGCGCGCGCACGCCUGCAUGGAAACAAGACGGCUCGCGCACUUCCAAUCCUUACGACGGCAGUCGGACCGCCUACGGAGGCGGCGGAGGCUUCGGUUCACGAACUCCCGCCUGGAAUGCCGGCGCACGCACUCCCUACGGCGGCUCCGGCAACAGUGACUUCGAUGCCUUUGCUGCCGGUUCUCGCACCCCGGCCUGGGGCGGUGCUGCCAAUAGUGGUGGCAGGACACCUGCCUGGGGAGGGUCCGCUAGCAACGGUACCAAGGGCUACGAUGCCCCAACACCUGGAGGCAACUAUUCCGCCCCUACCCCUGGCGCCUACGCCAGUGCCCCUACGCCUGGAGCGUCGGCACCUACCCCCGGCGGCUGGGCUGAGAGUGCCCCGACGCCCGGGGCCUUCAACGCACCCACCCCUGGUGGGCCUGCAAAACGAGGAGGCUACGAUGCACCUACUCCAGCCGCCUUUGACGGUGUAGGUGGCCACACUCGUCCCUACGACGCGCCCACACCCGCUGGAGCUGCAGCAACUCCGGGUGCAGGUUACGACGGUGACGACGGAGGACCACGCUACGAAGAGGGAACGCCUAGCCCUUAA